AUUUUCUCUUCCUUCUGCUUUGACCACUGGUCUAUGUGCUUGUGCAUAUCACCACUCUCUCUCUCUCUCUCUUCCACUUCCUCUCGUUUUGAUUUUGUUUCCGGGAAACGGAGCUCAAUGAGAGGACUCGCUCCUUCACCCUUCUCGGACUCGUAAAACCCAACCGACACUGUCACCUCACCAAGCACCCUGUUCUCAGAUCUCUUUCUCUCUCUCUUAACCGUGUUCUUGAGUUCGUAUCCCUCUUAUCUAAUGCCGGUGAGGAUCCAAGAAACGAAGAUUAUCCAUUGAGCUAGACCCUGUUGUGCGUUUGUGUGGAAGUUGUUUUUUUUUUUUAUCAGUUCUCAACUUUUGUACUGCAAAAAUGGCGGAGACGGCGGAGGCGGCGAAAGCAAUGCCGGAGGCGGAGAAGAAGAAGGAGGAAAGCCUGCCCUUUUACCAGCUCUUCUCAUUCGCGGACAAGUACGACUGGCUUUUCAUGAUCUCCGGCAGCGUCGGGGCCAUCGUUCAUGGCUCCUCCAUGCCGGUCUUCUUCCUUCUGUUCGGCGAAAUGGUCAACGGCUUCGGCAAGAACCAAACCGAUUUGAGGACCAUGACUCAUGAAGUCUCCAAGUACGCGCUGUACUUCGUCUACCUUGGCUUGAUCGUAUGCGUAUCUUCAUAUGCAGAAAUUGCUUGUUGGAUGUACACUGGGGAGAGGCAAGUGGGCACUUUGAGGAAGAAGUAUCUGGAAGCAGUUUUGAAACAGGACGUUGGGUUCUUUGAUACAGAUGCCAGAACGGGCGAUAUUGUUUUCAGCGUCUCAACAGACACUCUCCUUGUUCAAGAUGCCAUCAGCGAGAAGGUGGGCAACUUCAUUCACUAUCUCUCAACAUUUCUGGCUGGAUUGGUGGUUGGUUUUGUCUCGGCAUGGAGGUUGGCUUUGCUUAGUGUGGCAGUGAUUCCGGGAAUCGCCUUUGCUGGGGGGUUGUACGCUUAUACCCUCACGGGUCUCACAUCAAAGAGCCGGGAAUCGUAUGCAAAUGCUGGCAUUAUUGCUGAGCAGGCCAUUGCUCAAGUUAGGACGGUUUACUCUUAUGUUGGGGAGAGCAAAGCCCUGAAUUCCUAUUCGGAUGCAAUCCAACAUACAUUAAAGCUCGGAUACAAGGCUGGGAUGGCGAAAGGCCUUGGACUGGGAUGUACUUACGGAAUAGCAUGCAUGUCAUGGGCCCUAGUGUUUUGGUACGCCGGCGUUUUCAUCAGAAAUGGACAGACAGAUGGAGGGAAGGCCUUCACAGCCAUCUUCUCUGCAAUUGUUGGGGGCAUGAGCUUAGGUCAGUCGUUUUCGAAUCUUGGGGCAUUUAGCAAAGGGAAAGCAGCUGGGUACAAGUUAAUGGAGAUUAUCAACCAGAAACCGACUAUAAUUCAAGACCCUUCCGAUGGGAAGUGUUUGGCUGAGGUUAAUGGGAACAUAGAAUUCAAAGAUGUAACCUUCAGCUAUCCAUCCAGGCCUGAUGUUAUCAUAUUCAGGGAUUUUUCAAUCUUCUUCCCUGCCGGGAAGACAGUUGCUGUUGUCGGUGGGAGUGGAUCGGGAAAAAGUACCGUUGUCUCCCUCAUAGAAAGGUUCUACGAUCCUAAUCAGGGGCAAAUUUUACUUGACAAUGUGGACAUAAAGACGUUGCAACUUAGAUGGUUGAGAGAUCAAGUUGGACUGGUGAAUCAAGAGCCGGCUCUGUUUGCUACUACAAUACUCGAGAACAUACUCUACGGGAAGCCCGAUGCAACCAUGGCCGAAGUAGAAACCGCCACUUCUGCUGCCAAUGCCCAUAACUUCAUCACCCUGCUUCCUAAUGGGUACAACACUCAGGUCGGAGAAAGGGGAAUCCAGCUGUCUGGUGGCCAAAAGCAGAGAAUUGCGAUUGCUAGAGCCAUGUUAAAGAACCCAAAGAUCCUUCUGCUCGAUGAAGCAACCAGUGCCCUGGAUGCCGGCUCCGAGAGCAUCGUUCAGGAAGCUCUAGACCGGCUCAUGGUCGGGAGAACCACCGUCGUCGUGGCGCAUCGCCUCUCCACAAUAAGAAACGUUGAUUCAAUUGCAGUGAUCCAGCAAGGCCAAGUUGUGGAAACUGGAACGCACGAAGAGCUAAUUGCCAAAGCCGGAGCAUACGCUUCGUUAAUCCGGUUCCAGGAAAUGGUCGGAAACAGAGACUUCUCGAACCCGUCGACCCGGCGAUCGCGCUCUUCCCGACUCAGCCACUCGCUGUCGACCAAGUCCCUCAGCCUGCGAUCCGGCAGCUUGAGGAAUUUGAGCUAUUCAUACAGCACAGGCGCGGAUGGCCGGAUCGAGAUGGUGUCGAAUGCCGAAACUGACAGAAAAAACCCAGCGCCGGACGGGUACUUCUGUAGGCUGCUCAAGCUGAAUGCUCCGGAAUGGCCGUAUUCUAUAAUGGGUGCCGUUGGAUCAGUUCUCUCUGGCUUCAUUGGCCCAACAUUUGCCAUUGUUAUGAGCAAUAUGAUUGAAGUGUUCUACUAUAGGAAUCCAGCCAGCAUGGAGAGGAAGACCAAGGAGUACGUUUUCAUCUACAUUGGCGCCGGCCUCUACGCCGUUGUGGCCUAUUUGAUUCAGCACUACUUCUUCAGCAUCAUGGGAGAGAACCUUACCACAAGAGUGAGGAGAAUGAUGCUUGCAGCAAUACUGAGGAAUGAAGUUGGAUGGUUCGACGAGGAGGAGCACAACUCGAGCCUGGUGGCUGCGCGGCUGGCGACGGACGCCGCCGACGUGAAAUCGGCCAUUGCGGAGCGGAUCUCGGUGAUACUGCAGAACAUGACGUCUCUGCUCACUUCGUUCAUAGUUGCCUUCGUGGUGGAAUGGCGGGUCUCCCUUCUCAUUCUGGCCACUUUCCCUCUGCUCGUCCUGGCCAACUUUGCUCAGCAACUGUCGCUCAAAGGAUUCGCCGGAGACACGGCCAAGGCGCAUGCCAAGACGAGCAUGAUAGCAGGGGAAGGAGUGAGCAACAUUCGAACAGUCGCAGCCUUCAAUGCCCAAGGCAAGAUCCUAUCUCUCUUCUCCCACGAGCUCCGGAUGCCCCAGCGCCGGAGUCUCUGCCGGAGCCAUACUUCCGGCAGCCUCUUCGGCAUCUCUCAGCUCGCCCUCUACGCCUCCGAAGCCCUAAUCCUCUGGUACGGGGCCAACCUCGUCCGCAAAGGCGUCUCCACCUUCUCCAAGGUCAUCAAGGUCUUCGUGGUUCUAGUCAUCACCGCCAAUUCCGUCGCCGAGACCGUCAGCCUCGCCCCGGAGAUCAUCAGGGGCGGCGAAGCCGUCGGCUCUGUGUUCUCCAUUCUCGACCGGUCCACCCGGAUCGACCCAGACGACCCGGACGCCGAACCGGUCGGAUCCGUUCGAGGGGAGAUUGAGCUUCGCCACGUCGACUUUGCGUAUCCAUCUCGCCCUGAUGUGAUCGUGUUCAAGGACUUUAACCUCCGAAUCCGAGCCGGUCAGAGCCAAGCUCUUGUCGGGGCCAGUGGCUCUGGGAAAAGCUCUGUGAUUGUGCUGAUUGAAAGAUUCUACGACCCCACAGCCGGGAAAGUUAUGAUCGACGGAAAAGACAUCAGGCGCUUGAACUUGAAGUCUCUCCGGCAAAAAAUCGGAUUGGUGCAGCAAGAGCCGGCUCUGUUCGCGUCCAGCAUAUUCGACAACAUUGCCUACGGCAAAGAAGGCGCAACAGAAGCCGAGGUCGUCGAAGCCGCCCGCGCCGCCAACGUGCACGCAUUUGUCAGCGGCUUGCCGGACGGGUACAAGACCCCGGUCGGCGAAAGGGGAGUCCAGCUCUCCGGAGGGCAGAAGCAGAGGAUCGCCAUCGCCAGAGCCAUUCUCAAGGACCCGGCGAUACUGUUGCUGGACGAAGCCACCAGCGCGCUGGACGCCGAAUCCGAAUGCGUCCUGCAAGAGGCGCUAGAGCGGCUUAUGAGGGGCCGCACCACCGUGGUGGUGGCUCACCGGCUGUCGACAAUUCGGGGAGUGGAUUGCAUCGGAGUGAUCCAGGACGGGCGAAUUGUGGAGCAGGGCAGCCACGCCGAGCUGGUGAACCGGCCGGAGGGGGCAUAUUCGAGGCUGUUGCAGCUGCAGCACCACCACAUAUGACAAGUUUUUGCGAAUCAUGGCAGCAACAUGGCAGUGGUUGUGGAGAUUAUGUUAUUGGGGUCCCAUUAAUGAUUAAUAUUUGCUUUCUAAAUUACGGUGAUAGCCUGUAGAUAGGGGAAGUGUUGAAGAAGAAGAAGAAGAAGAAGAAGAAGAUUGAUGAAGACUCUAUUGAUAUGGAAGUGCUCCAUUACCAAUGAAGAUGCAUCUGUUAUUAUUAUUAAUUAAUUAAUUAAUAUAUCAAUGGUGGAUAAGCUGUUUCUAUAAUCUCUAUUUAUCAGCUCACCUUCCUUAUUUUAUAUGUGUGUGUGUGUGUGUAUGGAGCUUUCAUGUUUCUGCUUU